AUGUCAAGGGCAGCUGAAGCAGCGAUGGCCGCAAGCUACAAAGCCCUCAAGGAAGACUUCGUCUCGAACUUGACUGGAGGAGAAAUCGGGGAGAUCAACUAUGUGACGGCCGUGGCUCCUGCAGCAGUUGUUCUUUGGUCGGUACUGCAGUCGCGACAGUCCUUUUUUAAACCAUAUACACCUCUUGCAUUUGCUGUGGACUUCCUCCUUAACGUCGCAGCCAUUCUCCUCGCCACGACUCUCUACGCGAAGUCUCCGAUCCUCCUGAAUACCUCCCUCCUCGCACUCGGGGCACUUGUAUACGUCCUCCCCAAGCAGACCCCGCCGAAGAAAGCCAAAUUGCCCCCCUCGAAACAGACGAAAGAUGCGGAGCCAAACCCGCUGCCCAAGAAGCAGUUCUUGACGACGUACAGAGGGUCAAUGAUGGUCAUUACAUCCAUAGCAAUCCUCGCCGUCGAUUUCAAAAUAUUCCCUCGCAGGUUCGCAAAGGUCGAAAACUGGGGUACAUCGUUAAUGGACGUUGGGGUUGGAUCAUUUGUAUUCUCAGCGGGAGUGGUCGCAGCAAGACCAAUAUUGAAGGAGAAGCUGGCAGGCAAAUCGACAUCUCUUAGCACACGGCUAUACCGCUCCAUACGGCACUCCUUACCAUUACUGGUACUCGGGUUGAUCAGACUAUACAGCGUGAAGGGAUUGGAUUACGCAGAACACGUCACAGAAUAUGGCGUCCACUGGAACUUCUUCUUUACUCUCGGAUUCUUGCCCCCGUUUCUGGCACUCUUUCAAUCGGCGUUCGAGUACGUCCCCUCAUACGCCGGACUCGCCAUCCUACUAGGCAUAGCAUACCAAGCAGCACUCGAGUUCACCUCUCUAAAAGCAUUCAUCCUUACCGCUCCUCGAACAAACCUCCUCUCCCAAAACCGCGAAGGAAUCUUCAGCUUCUUCGGUUAUCUAGCCGUCUUUCUGGCCGGGCAAUCAACAGGCAUGGUCGUCAUUCCACGCACACAACGUAAAAACCUCCUCCUCACCCUCGCCGCCUGGUCAGGAGUCUGGAUCCUGCUGUUCGCGUUCUCAACAAGCUAUAAAUACGGGCUGUCCUUGAGCGUCUCAAGACGACUAGCAAAUCUCCCCUACUUCCUCUGGAUCGCAGCUUUCAACUCAACACAAAUCCUCGCAUUUUGCCUCGUCGAAACGCUUUUCUUUCCCGCCUUGCAUAACAAGAGUACGCCAUCAUCGCCGAAAGAGGAAGAAGAGGUCUAUAAAGCGUCAACCAGUCGGGUUCUCGAAGCAUUUAACAGGAACGGGCUUUUCGUUUUCUUGGCUGCAAAUCUGUUGACUGGAGCGGUGAACUUGACUGUCCCGACGCUGCAUGUCAGUGAUCUGGUGGCCAUGGGGAUCCUGAUUGGGCAUGCGGUUGUGGUUACAGGGCUGGCGGUGGGGUUGGAUAUCUACGACAUCUCCAUCAAACUCUGA